AUGCAAACCGGCAUCAUUUACGCGUCGACAGCGUACGUCAUUUGGGGCGUCCUUCCCAUGUACUGGAAGCAGCUCGAGACCGUGCCCGCGGAGCAGCUCGCGCUCCACCGCAUCGUCUGGUCCUUCCUCGUCCUUCUCCUCGUCCUCGCGGUCAAGGGUGAUUUCAAGGCCUUCCGCGCCGCGGCCCGCGGCUGGCGCGUCUUUGCUGUCUACACGAUCGCGAGCAUCAUCAUCCUCAGCAACUGGGUCGUGUACAUCUGGGCUGUCAACGCCGGCUACGUCGUCGAGACGAGCCUCGGCUACUUUAUCACGCCGCUCGUCAACGUCGUCGUCGCGGUCGUCGUCUUUAAAGAGAAGCUUCGUCUGUGGCAGUGGCUCGCGAUCACGCUCGCGUUCGGAGGUGUUCUCGUCAUAGCGAUCGCGUACGCUACGUUUCCGUGGAUCGCGCUCACGCUCGGUACCACAUUUUCGCUCUAUGGCGUCGUCAAGAAGCAAGCGCCGCUCAGUGCGCUCCACGGCAUGACGGUCGAGACCGGCAUUCUUUUUGUACCGGCCGUCAUCUACCUCUCGGUUGUCCAAGGUAUGGGGUCGGGGGCGUUUCUUCACGUGGAUACGCUGAGCCAUUUCUUGCUUGUCGGCGCCGGCGUUGUGACCGUGAUUCCUAUGGUACUCUUUGCGUCCGCGGCGCAGAGCAUCCCAUUUAGCCUCCUCGGCGUGCUGCACUACAUUGGCCCGAGCCUCAUGUUUGUGAUUGGCGUUCUCGUGUACAACGAAGCCUUCUCGACGUUCAAGCUCAUCGGCUUCAUCCUUGUCUGGGUGGCCCUCGCCAUCUACUCGACCGAAGGGAUUGUCGCGCACCAGCAGUCGAUGAAGCAGAAAUCGCCCGUCGGUGCCGCCGACGAAGCGGGCGACGGCAGCACGCCAUACGCCCGCGUGUGAGCGCGGUCUGUUUACAUGCAUGCAUGUUGUCUGCACGUUGAGCGUUACUAUAAACAGACACACAACUUGUCGUUUGUUUGGUUUUUGAUGCUACAAUUGAAUGCAACUCUAUGUGUACCGACG